AGGAUGAGGAGGAGGAGGAGGAAAAAAAGCCUGACGGAGCGGCAGGAAUUUCCUCAGCGCUCCUCAAAUUUCCACGAAUCCCUCCGCAGCUCUCCGUCCAGACUGACCGUCCGCGGCGACAGAAAGAAUGUUGCGAAGUGUCGCCGUGCUCCUGGCGCUGGCCGCGGCGCUGUGCAGCGCAGAGGAACAGCAGCAAAGCAAAAGCAAAGUUUGUGCCAACGUGUUCUGCGGAGCCGGCAGGGAGUGCGCCGUCACCGAGAAGGGGGAGCCCAGCUGUCUGUGCAUAGAGAGCUGUAAACCCCACAAGAGGUCAGUGUGUGGCAGCAACGGCAAGACCUACAGGAAUCACUGUGAGCUCCACAGGGAUGCUUGUCUGACCGGCUUAAAGAUCCAAGUGGCUCACGACGGACACUGCAAAGAAAAGAAAGCCGAGAAGGCAGCUGCCAACCCCGUGGUUUGUUACGCUGCUGACCGCAACGAGCUGAGGCACCGCCUGAUCCAGUGGCUGCAGACGGAGAUCGUCCCAGACGGCUGGUUUGUUAAAGGCUCCAACUUCUCCGAGAUCCUGCUGAAGUACUUCAAGAUUUAUGACAACGGCGACUCUCAGCUGGACUCCUCUGAGCUGCUCAAGUUCAUCCAGCACAACGAUUCUGUGGUGAAGCUGCAGUCUUAUGCAGACCAGGAGAGCAACAAGCUGCUCAGGAGCCUGUGUGUUGAUGCCCUCAUUGAGCUGUCAGAUGAGAACGCAGACUGGAAGCUCAGCUUUGACGAGUUCCUCAACUGUUUGAAGCCCGACUUCAACCCCCCAGAGAAGAAAUGUGCCCUGGAGGAUGAAACAUUCGAGGACGGAGCGGAGACCCAGGUGGAGUGCAACCGCUGCGUCUGCGCAUGUGGCAACUGGGUCUGCACUGCUAUGAUCUGCACUGACAAACACGUGGCUGCGGGUGAGUCAGCAGAUGUCGGGGCAGAGAUGACUGAGGAGGAGUGGAAUCUGAGGGUUGCUGAGCUCAACAAACAUCAGGACACAAUGGAGAAAAUGAAGACCAGCACAAAAGAGAUUUAAGUGAGGACUGAUGAAGAAGAGCACCUUUCUUCCAUACUUGAUUUUCCUCACAGAUUUAUAAACUGACUUGUUUAUGUUUAUCUGCUAUGUUAUUUACUAUACCUUUUUGUGUUUUUAAGUGUUUACGUUAGAAAUAUUAAGUGUGAUCACAAAAUGUAAUCAGAUUGCCUUUGUGUGUCGUACUGUCAUCUUUGAUUGUGUCGCCGUGCUCCUCUGGUAGGCUUUUUUUUUACAACUGUUUUUCCAUUUUAUUGUUUUGUUCUUAGAAAGAAAAUGUAAAGUUGCCACUUUUUUGGAGGAAUAUAAGUUUUUUUCUUAGAUGGAGGAUAAAUCAAGAGCUUGGAGAGUCCGUGUGGUCAAAUGAUGAAGGUGGUGGAGUCGGCUACAGUUUCUUUUCGCCAUAUCAUCGUGGUAGCAGGUCUCCAAAAGAAGAUGCCACUACUUGACCGUUGCACUUCUUGAUGUAUUUUCUCCAUUAAUAGUAUUUGUAAUCUCUUAGUAUCUUACUGCUUAAGUAUUAGUUUGGCCUCUCUAUAGUAUGUGACUGGCUUGAGUUGGAAGGCUCUCUCCGUCCCCAUGCCUUGCUUAGACAGGUCUUUGUGGUGCUUUGUGGUCAAAACUAUUCUGUCGUACUUUUUCUGAGACAAGGACAAGACUAUUCUCAGCGAAGAGCAGCAAAACUGCCCCCCAGGUCGACCUGAUCUCAGCUUAGCAUGGCGAAAAAUGAAACCAAAGACCUGCAUUUGAAUGAUGUGCAAAAAAACUCUCCGGGUAAAGCAUUACUCUGGACCCAGCAACGACAGUAUACCUGUGCUUUCUGAAUGACUAAGAAGAGGAGUAGGAGUCAGCUGUAGAAGUAGGAGCAUCAGUGCCUGGGUGCAAAUAAAAGGUGUGUUUUUCUUGUAUGCGUGUUAUUAACUUCAGUCUGGGAGGAAUAGGUUUUUACGUGUUGAUUUCUUCAAAGUUUGUACCUAAAUUUGGACGUUUGACAAUAAAACCAGUGCCUUAAACCUGCCAACAGUAUAGCCCUCUACCUUUGGGUACACGUUCGCUGUAAGGCCUGAAUGCAUUGCAAGAAUGAGUUUGCUUUGCUCGAGUUUUGUAGUAACUCAGUUCUUAAUAACUGUCUGUGUGGAUGUAGCACUGUAGAACUUCUUUCUGUUCCAACAGAUGUGCAGAGACUGCAAGGAAAAUAUGCAUGUAUGCCAAUAAAGAUCCUACACCAGAAU